AUGUUCGACUUCCAAGCCGACGACGACGUUCUGUACCAGCAGCUCCCGUCUUCUCUGCCUCGCGUCCCACACGUCGAUUACAGCUGUGGCUCUUGUGGAUACGAACUGAACCUCAAUUCCUGCAAUCGCAAUGCUUCCAUCACUGGAUGUCAGUACGCGAAGUCAAUUAAAAGACGCACCAUUUCCUUCUACUCUGUUGAUGAGAGCAAAUUUAUACAGAUCAAUCAGCUUCGUUGCAAGCCCUACUUCGCGUCCAAGCGCUCUUGGGGCUUGUUCCGUCGAAGAACCAAACUGCUUUGUGGGAAAUGCAGGAAAUUGAUAGGUGUUGCGUACGACGGAGAUGGCAACAGUCCUGGAAGCUCUUUCAGAUCAACGGAUUCUACACCCUGGGAUGGGAUAUCCGGUAACAAGACAUACGACAUCAAAAUAACUGCACUACAGCCUUCCCAAGUGUUGGAGAAAGCUGCAGCAGCUUCUGAUCACCUGCCUAUAAAUUUUACUGUCUGUUAA